AAAUUGAAAAAAGUUUUAAUGUACAUAAAGUCGCUCCAGAUCCAUUAGUGUCUUCUUGUUUCGCGCAAAGCAGACAUGACGAGAACGUGGUUGGUGCUUUGUUCUUUAUUCGUCGUUUCGUUAGUGCUUGUAACUUUGGAUUGCGCUGAGAUACCAGUAAAUAAAAGAUUGAAUGCAAAAAGUAGAUUUUUCAUCGCUAAAUUAGCAGGCAGUUUCGAGAGAAAGAGACGGUCUAUGAAUGAAAAUGAUAACGAGAUGCCGUUAAAGUACAGUCAACCGAUAGGUGGCCUAAAUGACGUGUACGAAAAUCCGCAAAUCUCUCGCUCGGGUGGUCCUGGAUUCGGAAGCGCGGGAGGAUUACAGAACCAAUUUGUGGAUCGUGGACAACAGUGGUCGAGGGUCGACAAUGGGGAUGGUAAUAAUCACAAUCGAGCGGCGAACCGUCCGAUGAACCAAAUGGUGUUGUGCUUCGUGUGUACGCCAAUGGAAUCGUAGAUAUUUUUUCGCGCUAGUGCAAGGUUAUUGUGUUACAUGAAGUUGUAUAAAAAUGGUAGUUGAGAAUAAAUUAUUAAUCAUUAAGAAAUAUGUAACGUCUUUAAAAGUUGAAUGUGAUAUUAUAGCUGUUUAAUAAAUGUAGACUGUUAAGAAAAUAGUUUUUUAUAGACACUUACACUGGAAAAAAAAAAAUAAAAAAUUUGUGCUAGAAUGGUAAUUUGGUACUGUUUGGUCGUUUAGUGACUUUUUAUUACUGUAGUAAUUUUUAUUUUUUUCUCUAAAUAAAUUUGAAAUGAUACAAAAAAAAUUUUAAAACGACUAACUUGAAA